AUGGGGCUGAAGAGCACCGGCCGGAAGUGGUUGACAGAAGGAUACAAAAAGGUGGUGGGUGGUGUGGUGAACCGAAAGCAGCAGAGGUUCGGAGUUCUUGACGGCCACCCCGUCGGUCAAGACCAUGCUCAAGCAGCAGCCGAAUCUCAUCAAACCCUAAAAGACAACAUCAAAGCUCUCAGAAAAGAGUUCAAAGUCUACAGAUGGAACCCCGAUCACCCCUCCCAAAAACCCUUCCUCCAAUCUUAUUUCCUCGAUCUCACCACAUGUGGCCCCAUGGUUUUGGACGCACUUCAGAAGAUAAAAUCAGAAGACGAUUCAACAUUGAGUUACAGAAGGUCAUGCAGAGAAGGAAUAUGUGGUUCUUGUGCCAUGAACAUCGAUGGAACCAACACAGUCGCAUGCCUUAAGCCAAUCGAUACAGACACCAGUAAGGCUACAUAUAUCACUCCUUUACCACACAUGUAUGUCAUCAAAGAUCUGGUUGUCGAUCUCACCAAUUUCUAUCACCAGUACAAGUCGAUUGAGCCAUGGUUGAAGACGAAGAAGCCUCCACCAGAUGGAAGAGAAUACAGACAAACACCAACACAAAGAAAGAAACUAGAUGGAUUAUACGAGUGCAUACUGUGUGCUUGUUGUAGCACGUCUUGUCCGUCUUACUGGUGGAACCCUGAGGAGUUUGACGGACCUGCGGCGUUGCUACACGCUCACCGUUGGAUCUCCGACAGGUGUCGCGAUGACUACACGGAGGAGAGAUUGCACGCGUUAACUGAGAAUGACAAACGGUUGUACAGAUGUAGAAUUAUAAAGAAUUGUACAGCAACAUGUCCUAAAAGCUUGAAUCCUGCGCUUGCUAUUCGUCAAAUGGAGGCUACGAAGUCUGGGAAUCGAUUUUCUGCCCGUAUAGCAGACUAA